CCUACAUAACCAGGAAGAAAACAAAUUAUGACAACUUUUCAAAAUGACAUUUAUCGUGUUUAAUUCCAUUUAUUACACCUUUCUAAGUAUAUAUCAUGGAUGAACAGGAACGGAAGCCAUUGUUAAACAACCGCACUCGGACCAAUAGUGAAGGGGGUCAAAGAUAUGAUGGCACAGGCUCAAUCAACUAUGACGGAAGUGUCACAAAUUCAGCAGAUUUUUCAAUUCCUUCAACUUUGAGAACUAGAUCACAAUCUGGAAUCAGUAUUAAUACACUACCGAGGCCUCCUUCUUCAUCAACACUGUCAGGAUCCAUAGACUCACAAGAAUUCUACAUUGACCCACUUACCCUCAUACAAGCAUGUGUAUUUGUGGAAGAUGCUGUUCAAUAUCGCUCAAUACAUCAUAAAGUUGACCAGAAAUCUUUGAAGCUUUACAAGUUCUACUAUUCAAGAUUGUAUCAAUGGAUGCUUUUCACAGUCAUUUUCUUAAUCCACAUCCUGGCAUUUUUCGAGACUCCUUCAUCAUUGAAAAUGUCGUCUGAUGUUCGAGUGCCAGGGGAGCGCAUCAAAGUUCCAUGUGGAGUCACUGAAGGUGUAGAGAUUGUCUGUUUACUUUUCCUAACAGGGGAUCUUGUUUUAAAGGGUUACUGUAGGGGUAAAAAGGAGAUUAUAAGGAGUAAAUGGUUACUUGCUUACUUUGUGAUCCUCGCAGUAUCACUUGGAGACUGGUGCGUUACUAUAGGAUAUGGCUGUUUAGAGGUCGUUAGGUUUAGGAGAAUGUUGAGGCCGUUUUUCCUGCUACAAAAUUCCACUUUAAUGAAGAAAACUGUGAAUUGUUUACGGAGGACACUACCAGAGGUUAUCAGUGUAUUGUUGCUGCUUGGUUUACAUCUGUUCUUCUUCACUCUUCUUGGUAUGCUCAUAUUUCCCGAAGAACAUCGAACUCCAGGAAAGAUUGCACCAUCAAACAUGUCAGUCAUAGUUGAUCAGGGGGAGUCAAAAGAACAGCAUGUCUAUUUUAAAACUCUUAGUGAGGCUACAGUGAACCUAUUAGUACUUCUCACUACUGCCAAUAACCCUGAUGUGAUGAUGCCAGCAUACUCAGAAAACAGAUUUUACGCCAUCUAUUUUAUAGUAUUCUUAGUCAUAGGUCUGUACUGCUUUAUGAACAUGCUCACUGCUGUCAUCUAUAACCAAUUCAGAGGAUAUUUCCUGAACUCAAUGCAGUCUAGUUUGUUCCGUCGUCGUCUUGCUGUGCGGGCGACAUUUGAGGUGAUACGUCGUAGGAAGAUCACAGACACACAGAGUGCACAUUUUAACGUCAUGAGUGAAGGUGUGCCAGUAGAUGUUCUGUUUCCUGUUAUAAAAAAUGUCAAGAUGAGACCCCAAGUGCAAAAGGCAAUACUCAUGGAUCUUGGCACAAGGCGUGGAAUACUUGAUGCAGAUCAAUUUAAAGAAGUAUUUGACCACUUAGAAAAUCCAGAACUUCAGCGCAGCAAUAGACCUGAGAUGAAAUGGUGUGAGCAGUUGUACUUACGACGUCUUCAGCGCAUGAUAUCACACAAAUACUUCAACUAUUUCGGGAAUCUUGUUGCUUUUGCAAAUGUAGUUGUUAUCACAGUUGAAGUUGACAUUGAAUACAAAGAUCUUCUAGCAUCUCGUGAGACAGGGCUUUCAAUUGCCAACCUCUGUUUUGUGGUGUAUUAUGCCAUAGAACAAUGCUUCAAGAUAUGGGCAUUAGGGUGGAAGCUGUAUAUGUGGAAACGUACCAAUGUAUUUGAUGGGUUUAUCACUAUUAUACUUGUGGUGACUCAGGUCUUCUUCCUGGCAUUCUAUGGUAUUCCUUUUCGAAAUGAAUCUGGAGUACAAUUUGUAACAUCACUGUCACUCUGGGAUGCUGUCAGGUUGAUAAACAUACUCAUAAUGGUCAGGUUACUCAGAGUGAUCCCACAUAUAAAGACAAUGUCCUUAGUAGCUAGCACCCUUGGUGAUAUGGUACGCAAUAUGCAGGCAUUUGCAGGCAUUAUGGUGGUUAUUUAUUACUCUUUUGCCAUACUGGGCCUAGAGUUAUUCCAAGGUGUUAUAGUUUACUCCCCCAGUGUUAAUGGGACCAACUCCACUAUUAAUGGGACUACUCACUUCUCUUGUGGCUCCUACCAACAGUUAGAGUAUUGGGCAAACAACUUUGAUGACUUUGCGGCAGCGUUAGUGGUAUUAUGGGACGUAAUGGUGGUUAAUAACUGGAUGGUCUUCCUUCAAGCUUUCUCACAAGUUACCACUCCUUGGUCUCAGUUGUACUUUGUUGCCUGGUGGCUGAUAGCUGUUGUCAUCUGCCUUAAUCUAUUCACAGCUUUAAUAAUAGAGAAUUUUAUAAUGCGCUGGGACAGAAACCAGAGCACAAGAGAGAGAUCGGACUCUGCACAAGUGGCAACAUUCCACCCACUCACAGUACAUGAUAUGUUCAGAGACUUACUAAAAGAGCCUACAGAGGAGGAACUCAUGGUGGAGCUUAGAUGUCAUGAACAUCUCACCAUUAGGUAGCAGCACUGUUCCAAAAUGGCCGCCACAAAUCCAACAUGGCUGACAAUAGUUUGUUACAGAAUGAUCUCCAUGAGUUCAAGACAAGUGUUUGAAAUUCCCGAAUUCAAGACUGUCAUAAGACAAGCUCACCAUAGUCUAUUGAAGUUCAAUUCAACUAUCAUAAUGAAUAGAUAACAUCAGAAACUCUAAUUCCACAUGGCUACCACAAAUUCACUGCAUAUGCUACAAAUUCAACAUGGCUACCACAAAUUUCCUACAGUCUAUAAAUUUAACGUGGCUG